UGCACGGGUGGUGGAGAAUUUUCAUCUAAGGUUAUCAGACGCAGUAGAAUUGUGUAGAAAUCAAAAUGUUCUGUGAGUAUUGAAAGUCGGCAGUGUUUCUCAUGUUUAUUUCGCCAAGUGCUGUCUAAUCGCCAGCUUUGGAAAGUGUGUAGAAGUUUUGUCCGUGUCCCUUGCGUUUUUGUAGCCACACAUGAAGGAAGGAGAUGUUUUAUAAUUAAAUGGAGAGGUCACAAGUGCACAUUUCACAUGAGAAAUCUCCUCUGUAGAGGAAAAUUUUACAUUUCUUUGACUUGCCUAUUCGUGUACGAAUGACUAUAUAGAAGAGAUUCACCAUUUGGACGCGAGAAGUUAGUUGAGUACGAGUUGUGCAAGGGAUAAGCCAUAUAUUUCCUUACCCAUCAUAAACAGUUCUGUGCUGAGUGUGCUUUGUGUUGUAAAGUUCUUAAUUGAGAGGUUACUUUUAAUAGGAAAUGGGACGUUUAAGCCAACAAGCUGAUUCAAAAGAAUACUGACGUGAUUGUAGUGUAUGCUGUUCAUCAGCGGGGCAGGCUAUCGGUGUCCAGAGCUGGAAGACAAUGUUUUCAUCAAACAUUCUGGGAGCGGCGUUAGUGCUUUUGGGUCUUAUGUUUAAACUUCUGCCUGCUGUUAGUGGUCAGCCGGGACAGCCACAAAUAUGUCCACUUCCCGCUGAAAUCUCCCCAUGUGCUUGCCAAGUGAAGAAGAAUGGCCUGGAUAUUCUGUGUGAAGCCACAGACAUCACUCACAUCAACAAGGCCAUGGGCACGCUUAAAGGGAAGAGCCCCAUCAUUUUUUACCUCAAGCUUCGUCACAAUAAUUUGCCGAAACUACAAGGUUUUGUUUUCCUCGCCUUGGAUAUUCGACACUUGACUAUUCACAACAGCAGUUUGGCCGCAAUUGAAGAAACAGCUCUCAGUUCUCUAGGUAAAGGUCUCACACAGUUAGAUGUUUCUCAAAAUCAACUAUCCAACGUUCCAUCGAAUGCGGUGAAAAAUCUUCACCAUCUUCUGAUUCUGAAUCUGAAUCACAACAAAAUCUCUCAGAUUCACAACAAAGCCUUCGAGGGAUUGGAUACCCUUGAGAUUCUCACAAUGUACGAGAACAAAAUUGUGUCGAUUGAACCUGAAGCUUUUCGAGGACUCGAUAAGAAACUAAAGCGGCUUAACCUGGGUGGAAAUGAAUUGGCAACAGUGCCACAAAAAGCUCUCUCCAUUCUGGAUACACUGAAGAAAUUGGAAAUUCAGGAGAAUAAAAUAAAGAAGAUAAAGGAUGGGGAUUUUGAGGGUUUACGCAAUUUGGAUUCGCUAAUUCUGGCUCAUAACCAAUUAACUGAGGUUCCCGCGAAUGUUUUUCGUCAUCUGACUCUUCUCAACUCGCUUGAAUUGGAGGGAAAUUCUAUCUUCUACGUCGACAAGGACGCGUUUGCCGGCUUGGAGGAAAAUCUCCAGUAUCUGAGAUUAGGUGACAACAAUUUACACAUCAUUCCGAGUGAUGCUCUCAGGCCUCUCCAUCGACUCAGACAUUUAGACCUGAGGUCUAAUAACAUAAGCGUGAUAUCAGAGGAUGCUUUUGUGGGCUUUGGAGAUUCAAUUACAUUCCUGAAUUUGCAGAAGAACGACAUCAAAGUCCUUCCAGCCAUGGCAUUUGAGAAUUUGAAUUCUCUGGAAACCCUUAGCAUUCAAAAUAACAAGCUCGUUCGGAUUCCAGAGGAAGUGAUGGAGCCGAUAAUGGAUACACUUCGAGUUGUUGAUAUAAUGGAUAAUCCGUUAAUUUGCGAUUGCGAACUCAUCUGGUUCCCGAAUUUGCUGCAAGACCUCAAGAAUCGAGACGACGAAAUGACCCAGAAGAAGAGACCCAUGUGCACGAUGCCGAACGAGAACAGGGAAUACUUUGUGCAGAAUAUGCCGCUUGAGCGAAUGAAUUGCAUUAGGAAGAGCAAUGGGCAACAAGGAAUGAACUUAUAUGGGGAAUCUGCAAACUUACUGGUUAGCACGCUGUUGAUCGUUUCAAUGGGCUUAUUCGAUAUGGUUUGGUUCAUGUUAACUUGCAUAAUUUAUUGAUUUAUGGAGAAUCCCUAUGAUCGCAAUACAAAUCGAGAUAGAGAUAUGAAUGAGGAAACAUGAGGAUAACAUCAAUUGGUCUAGAUUGCGUUCUUCUUAGGCAAACACCUGAGCCGAGUGUCAGCGGCUAGAAAGGGUGACUAAGGAGGAUUCAACAGGAUUAAUUUUUGUCACCAUUAUCGAUGGGCGAUAGCAAACAUUUUGUAGAAAGAGAAAUGUUUCAUUUUCCAUAGAUGGUUAACGCGUUAUUGCAACAAUGCUAAUUUUGGAGUUCAGAGAAAAGUUUUAAGUAAAACAAGUUAGAAUUAAAAUGAUAAGAAAAUCUGUGAAUUGCAAUCAUAUCACAACAUUUUUAUAUGAAUUAUUAAUGUAUAUUAUUGAAAGAGAUGACAUAUAUUUACAUUUUUUGAAAUAAUAUGUAUAUUAACGAAAAAACAUAAGUUUUUAAGUAAAGAUGAAAAGAGGUAUAACAGACGGGAAAGCAAAUACCAAAAACUCAAUUAAAGUAAUAUUUAGUGAGUGAGAUAUUUGAGACACAAUUUUAUAAAUGGAUCCGAAAUCUGUCGUGUUUUCGGUAGUACAAGAGAUGAUAUUAAAUAUACAAUUUUGACAAGAUAUGAGAAAUAACACGUAACGAUAUUAUGUAUAAUGAUAACACUUUUAUUGUA